GUGAAAUACGUGCUCUUUGAAACUGCUUUUGGAUAUGCGUUAUUUGAACGGUUGCAAAGUGAGGAAAUAGGAGAACAAAUUCAAGAGUCCGUUGAAGAUUUGGAAUUUUCGGAAAUGAACCUUCCAAAACCCGGGAAAAAGAGUAGGUAUGAGUGUGGCAUUCGACUACAUUCAGAUAAGUUGUUGAGUCAGGUGAAAGAUAGCGAACUUGAGAAAGGUCAGCUUGGAUUGGGUCAUAGCUAUUCUAGAGCCAAAGUCAAAUUCUAUGUUAAUCGGAAUGGUAUUCGUGGCAUUUUUCCAGAACUCAUUAAAAUUGUAAGUGAUAAUUAUCAAUAUGCCAAACUUGCCAAAUUUAUCAAAAACAAGAGUGAUCUAACCGAAGAAGGAAUGGAUGAUCUUAUGGAAAUAAUUGGGGAUGAAUCAAAAUCUUGA